CCACAUUUAUUACAAGCAACACGGACUAUAACACCAGCGUCUGAUAUAAGUGGUAAUACGGAAAUGUCAUUAGAUGCUGAUUUAUCAAAUCAUUCGAUAAUUCAUCAUCAAUUCUCGGUAGCGAAAUUAAUCAAUAAUGAUGAGGAAGAUGAUAAUGACGAUGAAACACCUCGGAAAAUGAUCGAUAAUUCAAGUUGUUGUAGUGAAGAUACCGUUUUAUCCGUCGGUAAUGAAACUGAAACGAUUGUACCGUCAACAAUAGCUUCAUCAUCAUCACCGUCGGAUGUACCGAUAAUCAAUCAUAAUCAAUUAAGUUUUAAAAAUAUACAAAAUCACUUAAAUGCAAUAUCAGCGAUAACAAAUAAUAUUAAUUGUAACACACCAAGUAUUAGUCCAAAUUUUGUAUCAUCACCGUCCACGGUUGAUGGGAAUUUAUCACCAAAUUCAAGUCGUUCUUGUACAAGUUCACCAUGUUCGCCGCAAUCAAGUUACGGUGGUACCGCUUCAACAUAUUCAACCAGUUCGUCCUUUAAUAAUCAUCGACAUCGACAAUCGCCAUCAAACAGUGAUUCCUCAUCAAAUCAUCACCAUCAUCACCAAGCGAUAAAUAAUAAUAAUAAUAAUAGUAAUUUAAAGUUUAGUAUUGAUAAUAUAUUGAAAGCGGAUUUUGGACGAAGGAUCACAGAACCGUUAACAAUUAAACGGGGACAUCGUUUAGGACAUUUAAAUCAUAAAAAGGGUUUAACGAGUGCGGUAAAUUCAUUAUCAUUAUCAAAAACAAAUAAUUUUUUAAGUGAUAACAGACAUCCGGUUGAUUUAUCAAAAAGUGAUCCGUCUUCGUCAUCUUCGUCACAACCAAUGUUAUGGCCUGCAUGGGUCUAUUGUACGAGAUAUAGUGAUCGACCAAGUUCAGGACGAAGUCCAAGAUCACGUCGUCCUAAAAAACCAUCGAGCGGAUCAUCGCCCAGCGGUAGUAAUGGAGUAGGAAAUGGUGGUGGAAAUAGUAGUGCAGAUGAAAAACGUCCUCGUACAGCAUUCAGUGGUGCACAAUUAGCACGAUUAAAACAUGAAUUUGCUGAAAAUCGUUAUUUAACGGAACGUCGUCGGCAACAGCUAAGCGCUGAGUUAGGUUUAAAUGAGGCACAAAUUAAAAUAUGGUUUCAAAAUAAACGUGCAAAGAUUAAAAAGGCUUCGGGUCAUAAAAAUCCAUUAGCACUGCAAUUAAUGGCACAAGGUUUAUAUAAUCAUUCGACAGUUCCUUUAACGCGAGAAGAGGAAGAAUUACAACAGCAAUCAAAUAGUCAAGGCUAGUUUUUUUUUAUUUGAAAAUUUAGGAAUGAUUUAAAUGAUAGCCCAAUAAAGUAAGGGUACAUUUUUUGAAUUAUUUGGAGCAAGUAGAAAAUUUAUGUAGGGUAAAUACCUUUAGUGGUCCUUAUCAAACACACUCUCGUGAAGGCUUAACUGGUUCUGGUCAGGACCACUGAACUGCUUCUGUUCAGAACUACUUCAUUGAACUAGCCUUUUUCGAUUUUGAACUAGCUUGACAGAACCAGUAGGGAACACAGAUUUGAAAUUGCAGGCAUAAAAAAGUUCAAAUAUUAAUUUAAUAAGGCUCACUGUGAUAUUGAAUUGCCUAAGCUUUACAUCAAAACACAAAUUUUCGAUUUGUUGCAAAUAAACCUAAAGUAGUACGUUGGCUUUAUGGCUAUUAAAAA